UGCAGCUACAGUCGCGGGAGCUUUACCUCUAGACCGGUAAGGCCUCUCUUCCGUGGUCCUGUCUGUCAGCAUUGUUUCGGGAGCCUGCCGGUGAGGCCCGGCCACUCUCGGACGCUUCGAUCCUUUUGCCCGCCACCGGGCAUGGCGGGCCAGUUCCGCAGCUACGUGUGGGACCCGUUGCUGAUCCUGUCGCAAAUCGUCCUCAUGCAGACCGUCUAUUACGGCUCACUAGGCCUGUGGCUGGCACUGGUGGACGCGCUGGUACGAAGCAGCCCUUCGCUGGACCAGGUGUUCGACGCCGAGAUGCUGGGCUUUUCCACCCCUCCAGGCCGGCUCUCCAUGAUGUCCUUCAUCCUCAACGCCCUUACCUGUGCCCUGGGCUUGCUGUACUUCAUCCGGCGAGGGAAGCAGUGUCUGGAUUUCACUGUCACUGUCCAUUUCUUUCACCUUCUGGGUUGCUGGUUCUACAGUUCCCGUUUCCCCUCGGCGCUGACCUGGUGGCUGGUCCAAGCUGUGUGCAUUGCGCUCAUGGCUGUCAUCGGGGAGUACCUGUGCAUGCGGACGGAGCUCAAGGAGAUCCCCCUCAACUCAGCCCCUAAAUCCAAUGUCUAGAAUCGGUCCCUUUGGAUACUCUGCUGGCACUUGGGCCCCCAACACUUUGGGCUGCUGAGACCCUCCGGAUGAGAUCCAGCCCAGGUCUGAGAGGAACCCUGGAAAUGUGAAGUCUCUGCUGGUGUGGGAGAGAUAAUGAGGCCCCAUCAAGAAGGCAGUAGCAGUCAGGAUCACAGCUGCCAAAACGACCUCUGUCUGCUGAAGCCUUGGUAUCUGGGAGGUCAGGAAGGGGACCUCCUGAGAGUAAUAACAGAAUUGGAACCAUGUCACUCUCGAGCCACCAUAAUUGUCACCAGCCUGUUAUUUUAAAAAAGAAAAUAAUCAAGGAUAUCUGAUGAGAGUAAACGACUCUUCUAGUCAUCUGUCUUAUCUCCCUGGGACAGCUGUUACCUUUGCAUUUUGCUGAACCACAACGAUUCUGUUUGAAAAAACAUUGGUCUCUGGAUCUGUGGCCACAGAAAGAGAUGUAAAGUGCAAAGUAUUAGGCUGCUGUCAGGGAAAGGAGAGGACAGCAGAUGGAGGCAUCAAGCACAAGGAAAAUGCACAACCUGUGCCGUUACACAUGUGUGCAUGCACACUCAAGAACCAAUGACUAACUUUCUUCUAGUUCCCUCUACUGGGUCCCCACCCUGCUGCCAGCUCUCAACAUAGCAGGCUAUGGGACUCAGAGAACAAUCCCAACAUCGCUUCCAGCCUAACCCUCAUAAUAGAGUCACUGCCUAUUCUCUAGGAAUGACCGGUCACUUAGCUCCCACUGGACCCCAGUUCUUUUUUCCACCUUAUUUGGAAUUCUACUGUGGGAGGGGUAUGAUCAGUGCCCAGAGAAAAGAAGCCCAACCUUCCAGCCAAGGUUGCACUGACAGUGCUGAGGGAAAUAGGAAUUUGCUGCUAAGAUUUUUCUUUGGGGUGGAGUUUCCUCUGUGAGGGGCUGGUAGCUUCCUUUCCUGUGUACAUAAAUACAGUAUUUUCCAUGGUUC